GGUAUUUCACAAAAAUUUCUAAUAAUUACUCACAAUCAAUCAUCUAAUUCAAUCAUCUAAUGCUCAAAGGAUGGCAGAUUGAUAAUGGUCAAACGACUUCUUCGCUUCAUUCUAGCUGGAUUCCACGAGUCCACCCUUCUCCCCCAAUAUAUAAUCCCCAGGUCUUACCGGAAGGGGGUGGUGACCCUCCGGUGGCAGAGGUUAUUUGUGCAGGGGAAGGGCGGUGGAGUGAUUCUAAACUUAGACAUUGGUUUGACCCGUCAACCUGUCGGGCGAUUAAAGAUAUUCCCCUCCCACGUCAGGAUGUGACAGAUAGACUAAUCUGGAAUGACACGGCGGACGGGAUAUUCACUGUUAAGUUGGCUUAUCAUCUCGCUAUCUUAUCGGAUAAGAGGAGAGGUCGGUGGAGAUCUAUGGUGAGUUGGAUGGACAGGUCCAGCUGGAUUCGUUUGUGGGAAGCUAAUAUCCCGCCUAAGUUAAAGGUGUUUGUUUGGCAAAUCCUUAAUCGGAUACUACCAACUACGGAGGCCCUAAUUGAGAAGGGUGUCCCGGUGCUUCCUCGUUUUCCGGUUUGUUGGGCAGAGUCUGAAACAAUGGAACACUUGUUUUUUUACUGCCUUGUGGCCCACGCUCUAUGGGACUAUUCGGAGCUGGAGUAUCUUGGCCGAGGGUUGCCUCGUCACACUUUCCCACUUUUUUUCAAAAGGUUGAUGUCUCUCAUUCAUCAACCAACAUUGUUUAUGGAGGUUGUUGCUGUCCUUUGGAGGAUCUGGCGAUCUCGUAACUGGGUUAUCUUUGAGGGCAAGCAGUUUGGGAUCCCUGCCUUGAUGCGACAGUUUAACCAGCAAGUUGAGGAUUGGAUUCGUUUGCCAGUGGACCCAGUACUUCAGGCUUUCACUCCUGCGCCAACUCACUUGAGUCCUAGGGGGUCUAGUUCGGUGGUGUGCAUGUGGGACGGGGCUACCUGGAAUGGGUCUCAUGCGGCAGGAGGAAUGGUGCUAAUGACCCCAACUAGAGAGCUCCUUUGGCUAAAGGGUUUCAGUUUUCCAGUGUAGAUGACCCUAUGGUGGUUGAAUUGCUUGUCCUGCCGGAGGCUAUUUGUUGGUGUCUAGGUCGAGGAUGCACGGAAGUUAACUUUGAGGGGGAUGCCAAAGUCAUCAUUGACAAGGUCAAUCUAGCAGAAACCAGGAUGGGGGCUGUGUUGGAAGAAAUUGUCCAUUCUUUAGCCGUUCAUUCCGGAUGUAAUGUACGUUUUGUUGGUCGGCGUAACAAUAGGGUAGUCCACUUGGUGGCUAGAAAGGUCCUCUCUUUGUCUCCGACUUUGAGUCGUUUAUUUGAUUUCCAAGUCUGGCUGCACUCUAGGAUGUAACUAUCUUUUUUGUAAAUCAAUAUAUGAUUAUCUUUUGUCAAAAAAAAAAAAUCAUCUAAUGCUCAAUCCAUAACUUAACAGAAAUCAAUGUGUUGAGUUUUCCUAUGUUUAUUGGUUUUCGAGAUGCCUCAAGCAAAACAUAAUAUAAAAUACAAGAUAAGUAUAGAUACGCAUUGAUAAGAAAGAUAAUCUUAGAUGAUCAUACAUUUCAAUUUCAAUAAUGAUAAGCAACGAUGCAUCUUCUAUCAUGUAUCUCUAUCUCUUCCACUAAGGCCAUCCGACUCGAGUUCUCUUUUCAUGCAAUAGGAAUAAUGACUAGCUAAUGCAUGUUUUUGCUUCAUGUCACUUGACUAAUUAAUCAAUCAAAGAAUUACGGAUUAACACAUCACUAUUGAGGGCCUUUGCGAACCAUAGUGAUGUUCAAUAGCAUUGAUAAUCUAAGGUAUCGGGCAUUGCACAUAGUCGAGUAUAGAUGGUUGAUCAUUCCAUUUCAUACACAAUUAAGACAUUGACAUAUCACAUAAUUUGGGUUUCCCAUGCAACACAUGGUGAUAUUAUAAACAAGGGCUAAUACCAAUAGGAAACCCGAACUAUCAAGAAAGUGUCAUUUAUGUACUGAAUUAUUCAAUAUUCCAUUUAUGUCCUAACAUCUGAUAGUUGUGUGUCAUUUAGGUCCUGAAGAUUUUGUUAACUGUUAUAGAUAACGGUUGACUAGACGGUGGUAAACUUGAUGUUGACUUAGGAGCGGAAUCAGCAAAGCGAUUAAGACGAUUUGGAGAUUUUUGUAACUUUUUAUUUUUCUAAUAUUGACGGUCAAACUCGGACAACACUAACAGAAAAAUAAUUGAGGAAAUAAAUGUCAUAUUGAAUAGUUCGGGACAUGAAUGACACUUUCUUGAUAGUUUGGGUUUCUCAGUGGUAUUAGCCUAUAAACAACACUAUAGUAGCACAUAAUAAAUGAAGAGGGCAUCACAAUAUUAAAGCAUCAUAUAACUAAGAUACUCACGUUUGACCUUGAAAAGCACAAAAGAAUACCUCAAAAGACUUAAAAUGAUAGAAACACACAUCUUAUGCUUCGAUAAGCACAUUGAUCAAAUAUGUAUGAUUUCUAUAAAAAUUAUAGCAAAAUACAAAAAAGCAUUGAUAGAAGAGGAAAAUAUAUCAACUAUGAGAGUGAUAAAUAUUAUAAUUUGAGUGUCAUCAAAACUACACCACACUUAAACUUUGCUUGUCCCCAAACAAAUACUACUCACAAUCGUACAACUCAAUUAACACAAAAAAUGACACUUCGCCAUCGAUCUUAGGUAGUGGAUCAUAAGUGAACUUUCAAGGUCAACAAUAGCACGAGAGGACACUCCAACUAUAUCAACAUAAUCAGAAAUUUAUAAUGAUCUAAAUAUCAUGGCAUCUAGAAAUAUCAACAUAAUCAUUGCAUCUCAUUCACUAUUAGAUCCUUCAUAGUCACUACACUAGCCUCCCUAGAUCAACUGAAAUUCCUAGGCUCAUUAAUUCAAAGUAAGAUGAGUAGUGAACAUGCUUGUAGGGGACGACUAAACAAGUCAAUUAAUAGAAAACAUCUUUGAAA